CAUUUCCACAGCACUUGGCCGUUGAUUGCGUCUGUUCUCGAGCUUGUGCGUCGAAGAAGUGUAAGCCGGCGGGCAUGCAGCGCUGCCACCGCAGCACACACGUGCACGGGCGCCAGCCACGUACUCCCUUUCCACGCACCGCUCCGCCGCAAGGCGCUCUCAGCAGCAGCGACCAGCUCGCGCACCGUCCCCGAAGCCCCCUUCCUCUCCCUAUCCUCUCCACAGGCCAUGUGGAGCCCCCGCACCCCGAUGAGUCCCGCCUUCGCCCCCCUACUUUUACCACGACUCUCUAUCUCUCUCCGCGUGUGCGUCUGUGUUCUAUUUAAACCCCUAUAACUGCACUCACGGCCAUCUCGCCCAUGUCUUUUAGUUUCCACACGUCGGUUUCACAGAAAUACCUGCAUGCGAUGGCUUCACACGAAGCCAUGACGAAGGUCAUGGUGGGGAGGACGACGGAGUACCGAAAGGGCACCGACACCGAGCUGCUCGCCCUCCACAGCAGCUCCGCCGAGCUGCUGCUCCUUUGUGGGGAGCGGUUCGACGCCGUGCAGGCCUUCCGCACAGGGCGGCUCUCCUUGCACAUGAUCAGAGCGAAGGGGAACGCCGUUUGCAUGGUGAGUUGCACGGUGGGGGAUCACCAGUGGAUGCUGGCCAAGGACUCGCUCGUCCUCCGUGUUGACCCUCGCAGGUAUGUCUUCGCCAUGCCCGGCUUCUGCUACGGACUUGCAUUGCUGGGCUCUGGUUCGGACCAUGAGUGCAGAACGCUGGAAGAGAUCCUUGCGAGGUUUUGUGCUUACCAAGACAUUGCAGCCGAGGAAGGAGCUGAUAUAUGGGCUCAUGCCUAUGACGAGAUGACGAAGCUCACCACCAACGCCGCCGCCGCCGCCAUCGACACCACCACCGGCGGGGCCAGACGGCCAUCAACUGCCACAGGCAUCGCCUCUUCCGAAUCAGAGAAAUGGAAGAAGAUCCAGCGGGCAGUGAGGACGUCGGCCAUGGUCAAGCUGCUCUCCCGGUCCCUCCUCACCGGUGCGCUCGACCCCAGAAAGCACCUCGACGUGACCGCCGGCAAUAACCUCCCGAGCAUGCGGGUUAUAGGAGACCUUGCGGACGUGAUCGAGACAGGGCGGCGACCACCCGCGGUGGACGGGCGGAACUCCUUUUGGUAUGUGAAUGGUGAGGGGAUAAGGCUGCUGCUCGCGAUCCUCUCGGCGUGCGGAGCCGCCGAGCGGAGGAAGCGACCACGCCUGGAGACUCUCAGAGAGGAGUCCGAGUGGGCGAGCGAAGGCAAUGCAGGUGAUGAGGGAGGUGGAGUCAGCAGCAGUGGUUCAAGGUGCCUUAGUAAAGAGGUGAGGUUAGAGAGAGAGAAGGACGACCAAUGAAACAAUGUCCAAAGUCAUAUGUUCUCCUAUCUUGACAUAAUUUUAGCAGCUCGAUGUUCUCUUCUUCCU